AUGGCUGACCCAUCUUACUUAGGCCUCCCAACACCUUCCAAAGGCCAAAGAAACAAGGAUGAAGGCAUCAUCAACCGGGGAAGAGAACACAAAGGACUCACAAGCAGCUUCUCAUCCAAUCUCGGACAACGAACACCCGCACAGCCAUGCCGCGAGCCAAAGGCCAAGGCCGGGGCUAAUGGUUUUGUGAAAGCACUAGUUGCCAGACUAGAGUCUUCUGAUGACAUUUCGACCAUGUCGUCGAUGUCUAACUUAUCUGCCGACAGCACCUCACCCAAAAGAAAGCAACCAACCAGUCCUGUGUCGUCAACAUCACCAGAUUCCUCGUACCAAAAGUCUUCCAAUAUCCCACAAGCAGCGCCUGGCGUUGAAGGGUAUUCUUUAACACUACUCAAGUAUCAGCAGUAUUUUGCCGCUGACAAACCGCUUUGUCGUUGCCUUGACGAACAAGAGGCCGGCUCAGACUCUUCCAAGACCCGUGUCGUUUUUAGAAGCAGCGGAGACAAAACACCGCUGCCUGAAGGCUUGGAGAAAAUAUUGAGAGGUCCAGAGAAGCCGAGCCAGGAAGCUCAACCGCAACCCAAACGUGGCGAAGCGGCCACCUCACAGAACGCUAAUCACCACGGCACGGGAGGAACCCAAACCAACACUGAGGAUAUACAGCCUCGGGACGGCAACACCAACCAGAGAGAUCCCGAUGAGGUCAAGGCCUUUUGGAACCAUGUUCGAGAAUAUCUGGCGCCAUCCGAUGACGAGCUAGAUGAGCCCGAGGCUCCGUGCAAGAGUCGCGGUGACAAGAGACAUGGCCGCAACAACAGAGAAGCCGCCUCGUCUCUCUCGCCGCACCGCAAAGCAAACUCCGCACCAAACGUAGCUGUCGGGGGUUAUUUCAGCCCUCAGAGACGGGUACGGUUCCUCUCAGUAGAGGAGAAGAUGAUGGAAAUCGAUGAAUUUUUCGGUAUUGAAGAUAACAACAACAAAAUCAACGAGACCAGCUUUCGAAGAUGA